CUCGUCCUUCCCCCCUCACGAGCGACUCUUCUCGUGCUGGAGUCUCCCGCACCACACCGCUCACUGACAGCUGCGACUGACUCACCACCGCAGGGGGAAAAGAUGGAGCACAGAGACAACGGCUUCAACAUCUUGCUGGCCACCGACUCCUACAAGGUAACGCAUUACAAACAGUACCCUCCCAACACGAGUAAAGUGUACUCCUACUUCGAGUGCCGUGAGACGAGGACAGACCCCGCCAAGAGCAGAAAAGUCAAAUAUGACAAAACCGUCUUCUACGGCCUGCAGUACAUCCUCUUUAAAUACCUGAAAGGAAAGGUUGUGACUCCGGCGAAGAUCCAGGAGGCGAAGGAGGUUUACAGAGAACACUUCCAGGAUGAUGUUUUCAACGAGAAAGGCUGGAAUUACAUUUUGGAGAAAUACAAUGGACACCUGCCCAUCGAAAUCAAGGCGGUGCCAGAGGGCAGUGUGAUUCCCCGAGGCAACGUCUUGUUCACCGUGGAGAGCACAGAUCCUGAGUGCUACUGGCUCACUAACUGGGUGGAGACAAUCCUGGUUCAGAUCUGGUAUCCCAUCACUGUGGCAACCAACUCCAGAGAGCAGAAGAAGAUCCUGGCCAAGUACCUCUUAGAGACGUCUGGGAACCUGGAAAAACUCAUGUAUAAACUACAUGACUUUGGCUACAGGGGCGUCUCAUCCCAGGAGACUGCAGGCAUAGGGGCCUCCGCCCAUCUGGUCAACUUCAAGGGCACAGACACGGUUGCGGGCAUCGGAGUCAUUAAGAAGUUCUACGGCACCAAGGACCCCGUGCCAGGCUUCUCAGUGCCUGCUGCAGAACACAGCACCAUCACAGCGUGGGGAAAGGACCAUGAGAAAGACGCCUUCGAGCACAUCAUCACGCAGUUUCCCAACGUGCCCGUGUCCAUAGUCAGCGACAGCUAUGACAUCUACAAUGCCUGCGAGAAGAUCUGGGGAGAAGACCUGCGGAGUCUGAUAGUGAAGCGCAGCGCGGAUGCUCCGUUGGUCGUUCGACCAGACUCAGGAGACCCACUCGAUACGGUUCUGAAGGUUUUGGAGAUCCUGGGUAAAAAGUUCCCCCCAACAGAGAACUCCAAAGGUUUUAAGGUUCUCCCUCCGUACAUCAGAGUCAUACAAGGAGACGGAGUUGACAUCAACACACUGCAAGAGAUCGUUGAGGGUAUGAAGCAGCACAGGUGGUCCAUCGAGAACAUUUCCUUCGGCUCCGGAGGGGCUCUGCUGCAGAAACUGACCAGAGAUCUGCUCAACUGCUCCUUCAAAUGCAGCUACGUGGUCACCAAUGGACUCGGGGUGAACGUGUUCAAGGAUCCAGUGGCAGACCCCAACAAGAGGUCAAAGAAAGGUCGUCUGUCUCUGCACCGAACGCAGAGCGGAGACUUUGUCACCCUGGAGGAGGGCAAGGGCGACCUGGAGGAGUACGGCGUGGACCUGCUGCACACAGUCUUCCAGAACGGGAAAAUUGUGAAGACGUACACAUUCGAUGAAGUCAGAGACAAUGCUAAGCUCAAGGAGAAGGAGCUUGAAGAGCUGCUGUACUGAACAGCACCUCCAGGCCCAAACACCAAUCCCACCCUAAACCCAAUACAACCCCCCGCCCCAUCCAACCCUUUCACCUUCUGGCCUCCGUCGUCACCCAAGAAAAAUUGAGGUAGCGUGCACUGCAAUUAGCGCCCCCCCCCCCCCCCCCCCCCCCCCCCCCCCCCCACACACACACACACACACUCCCAAAGCGCCGAAAACCCCCUGAACAAUUUGAGGAACUUAACCCCUUUGUUCCGAAAAUGCUGUUGAUUGGUUCCCCGGUGGAGGGGGAGGGGUUUGUCAAAUUCUUGAUUAGCGGCGAACCCCCGUAUAUGUAUGAGAUGUUAAAGUCGAGAGAGGAAAAUGUGUGUGAGGUACACUAAGUGAUCUGAUUUCGAUGACAAGCCGCAGGUUCACGUCUCCAUGCGGCUGCUGCCGUACAGAUUGUGAGGAGGCCGCCGAUGACGUGUCGGCAGACUUUUCCCUGCGUCGACACGAAAGCCAAUAAAGUAAGAUUGUAGUUUUUCUUUCUGGAAUGAGCAGCUGCAUGAGCGGUGAGCGCACGGCGAGCCAAGUCUUAGAAUGUUCCUGACUGAAAAAUAAAUCCACACCCACAUCAACGACCUCGUCCCGUGUAUAGAAUUAUUUAGAAAAUAAAUCCAUGUCUGAAUCUACUUAGCUUUGUCUUUAAUGUGAAGGAUGCAGAGGAUGGUCAUGAAAUAUAACGGUGCACCUUAACACCAUCUUACCGAUCACUUAAGUCUGGCCACACUGAGUGCGUGUGCGGCACUGAUCUGCUGCGUCCCGCUCACAUCUGUUGAGAAUCUCUGAUGUGACUACUCUAUUUCCCACUAAUAAAAGUCCCCUAUACAUACUCGGAUAAAUGCCAGGUCCUGCAACAAUACCAAUAAAAACCUUAAAACAAAUGAAUAGCUUCAAACAUCAGAAAAGUCUUUGAAAUGGGAACAGGAAGUGCGACAGAUAUUUAAGUUUGUGACAUAUGAGACGAAAGAUCAUUUUCAUUGUCCAUUUAGCUGUGAACGGCGAAAAUAGGAGUCGACCCCCCCCCCCCCCCAAACCAUCUUGGACACUGAGAUGGAGGAGAGACAUUUGUGACGCGCACAUCAGCCCCCUUCGUAUCCAGUGUGGCCCGAGUGUUAGACUGUACGGAUGAUGAAGGAAUCCACCAUCUCGCUUUUAAUCAACGGUUGCGGUCAAAUUUCCACAAGGCCAAGAUAAAGUAUUACAUGAGUAUUUUGUUCCCUUCAGUCUGCCUCCUAACAUGUUACUGGUGCAUGUCCACAGUUCUAUAAAUGAUCAUCCGCUGCCCUUCAGUUCACUCACGUCACGAAGGCUCAAAUCCAUUUUAGUGGAAUCAUCCCGACUCCUCAGUAAGGCCACCUCGAAGUGAAGCUCUCGAAUUUCAGAGGCAAAUGUGUAACCAAUGGAUAAAAUGGCUCCAAACUAAAAAGAGACAAAUUCUAGAAAAGUUUGGCCAAUGCCCCCAAAUCUCUACAAACACAAAGAUUGAAUUUUCAAUAACGAGGAAGAGCGAAACCUUUCCGAUGGGGGGGGGGGGGGGGGUCUUCAUGAUGCUGAAUGCUCUUGAAGUCUAUACUGUAUAACACUUAAGAGCCGAUGUGCGAGGAAAAAUAAACUUACAUUGCAGAACUCGUCUUCACUGCAAUGAAGAGGAUUUAUCUAAGUGUUAAUUGAAGAUUACAUGUGUGGUGCCUCGUGGGGGUGAAAUGUGUGUUAAAUGUUGGCUCUGAUAUGUGUGUGUGAUUGGAUCUCUGUGUGUGUGUGUACUUUCUUCCUUUUAAAGGAUAGUGUAGUAUUCCUUUAUGCAAAUGUACUCAUUGAAACAGGCGAGCAGAGGACGCUCUUCCUUUCACUUUGACAGUCAUUUAUUUUGAAAGGAAGCACAGCGUUGUGACAAACGAGUAGUGGGUGUGUUUGUUUGGUUUUCCUUCGGGUUUAUAUAAAACCAAACCAGAGGCAGGAAAGUGAGACUCACAACGACAUGAACCAGCAGUGCGUUGAGAGCAGAGUUGCUGAUUAUCACAAAUAACUCUAGAGAAACUAACACAGAUUAGUGGGGCCGUGUGGAUGUGCACGACGACACCACUUUCACUCCAUUUUUAAUGCCUUUUAUUUUGGAGUUAAUCUCUGAGCGUUUCAGCUUCCUGCUCAGUGCACCUCAGUGGGGCGUCACUCCGGUUUGCAGGAGUGUUGAGUCACGUCGCUGAGUCAUGAGUGAGGAGCCGGGGACAUCACAACAAACUCAUGUUUUUGUUCGAAGGCCAAUCUCGAGCUGUGGUUAGAGGAAAUAAAAAGGCGGCAAAAUAAUGCAUCACUUGUUGUUUGAGGGACGUCAGUGUCGAUUUGGGUCCGGGCUGAAAUAUCUCACCAGCUACUGGAAGAAGUGGCAAGAAGGUUUAUUCAUGUUACCCAGAGGAUGAAUCCUGUCGACACUUGUUAUCCUCAGGUUUUUAGCAAAUCAUAGCAACAGGUGUUUGGUGAAUUGUUUUGAAAUUUGGCAAUGGUGUUCUUUUAAGAUUUAAUUUAGCACCAACAUAAGUUUAUUACCAUUUACCGGCAAAACUAAUGACGUUCCCAUGUGCCCCACUACGCUUUUGUUUAGUGUUAACCAUAAUCUGUAUAUAAAGAUGGACGACGCGUCCCAACUUCCUCCCACUAUCCAGAAAUUUUGCCCAAAUAUUAGACAAUUAUUACCAUCAAAUAUGAGGGUUCUCCCUGCUGGACACUGGCAUUGUUCGGGUUCUAUAAUCUUUAGCUCGGACCCAGAAGAAACCUGUGAUGUCACCGACUCCCGCCUCUCGCUGCCGCCUCAGACCAACAUGCUCAAAUUCAGACAAGCUGGUAAACGCCAUCGUUCCAGUUUUUUUAUUUUGUUUAUAUUUUACCUUUCCACAGCUGUUAUCUGUCGAACCCUUUUGUUAUCCAGUUGUCCAUAUCUUUUUCCAACAACGGGGUGCGUUUCAGUAAAACCUUGGUUUUACUAUUUUGAUACUGUCUCGGUUCUUACCUCAAGAAUUUUUUUAUUUUGUAUGACAGAAGGAGAAGAUUACACGUGCUCGACCAAUGGCAGACAACAUCCUACUUAACAAACUAACAUACUGCCCUCUCGCGUGUACAUACAACAGCUCGAUGUACAGGAUGCAGAGAGGAGAGGUUAGCGAGACGACCUCACCAGAUAAUAUUAUUAUUGUUAUUAUAUUAUUUUUGUCUGAAUGGCCAUUUUGUACCAACGGAAAAUGUUCAAAACUGCUCGACUGAACUGGCAGUGUGACUGUUGAUUUUGUCACUGUAAAGCUAAUGGCUUCUGCCGGUUUGUGCGGUGUGUGACGUCCUGUGUGAAUGCCUCAUGUGUAACAGAUGAAAAAGUGUUUGUGAAAACUUCUCUUUAAUUUAUUGUUGUUUCACUUGUAUGUAUAUGUUGGUUGUCCCAAAUUCUCUCCCAACACAACUGAUAUUUUAACUAACAUAAGUUGCUUUAUUGUCAACGAUACACUGAUUAAAGACGCCACCCUCUCAGUUUGAAA